AUGGACCUGAUGGGAUCACACCGCAUGAUCAACCACAGCGACAGCGAGUCCAUUGGUUCCAGGAUCGAGAGCUCCUCGGGCUUCGGGGACGAGAGCUCUUCCGCGUUGAGCCACGAAGUCCUCCCAUGGCACGGGCAGUCCGUGGUUGCUGGACAGCCCGCAGAAGGCCCUCAUGUUUUUCUUGCGGAUAGCGCGAGCAAUGCAGACAGCAGCGUGCAAGAGAGUGGAUUCGAGGAGAGCUCGGUCCAGAGUUCGGCUCUGGACAACCAGGGUAGUCUGCCAUUGUGCGAGCGGGACGGCUGCGUCAUGCAGAUCUCCGACCGCUUUCCGGAUAUCCUCCGCUUGAGGCCGCACUACCUCUGCAGCCGCUGCUUUGGCAGCUCUCAGCAGGGCCACUUGGGAGGCUCCUCACGGAGAUGGAUGUGCCCAAGGUGCCGGAACGACACUUGCUUGCAGUGCUACCCGAAGGAGCCCACGGCGGAGCAGCCUGCGCCGGCCGCCGCCCGCCCCGGCGCCGGCACCGGCGCCCGCUCGGAGAGCGGCGGCGAAGACGGCGAGGAUGAAGAUCAAGAGGUCGCGGAGGAGGUCCUCAUGAAGUCGUCGAAGGGCAGCGCGCAGCACUUCGCCGGCAUUUGCAGGCCAUGCAUGUACAUGAACACCCAGGUGGGCUGCAGGAAUGGGGUCGACUGCAAUUUCUGCCAUGUACCUCACAAGCGAAAGCGCAGGGCGCGGCCGAGCAAGGCCACCCGGAUGCAGUGCAAGCAGCUGGUCGCCAUGCUUGAUUCCGCACAUGGCGACGACGAUUCCCAGGUGGCGCAGGCAGCGGAGACGCUGGCGGCGGACAGCGCCUACAUGCGCAGCAUCCUCGCUGCCAAGGGCAGACAGCACCCUGGCCAGGCCGAGGAAGCGCAGGCCCAGGCCGCCCGGGGCAGCGCCGCGCAGUCUGGCCCGUCGCCCAGUGGCGCGGCGGCCCAGACCAGGAAGACGCCAGCCCCGUCGGCGCGCCGUCGACGAGGCAGCGCGCAACGGUGGCCAAGCAGAAGACCGACAGAGGAGCCGCUUCUGCCGGCAGCGGUGAACCUCGGAGGCACUGACGUGGCCUAA